UCCGAAACAACAAAUCUAUCCAUCCAUUCUUCUACACACCCGUGCAAACCAGUUUGUUGUCAUCUCACUUCCCUACACUAUGCCGCUCAAAAUCGCCAUCAUCGGUGCUGGACCGGGAGGAUGUAUGCUCGCCCGACUCCUCCAACAAAACUCCAUCCCAUGCACAAUAUUCGAAAGCGAAAAAUCCAUCGACUUUCGUUCCCAAGGAGGCACUCUAGAUCUCAGACAGAGGACUGGGUUGCAAGCUAUGAAAGAGGCCGGUCUGUGGGAUGAGUUUCAGAAACAUGCCCGGUACGAUGGUGAAAGCUUGAUCAUUUGUGAUAAGCACCAGAAAAUUUGGCUCAAGAGGGCGGGUCGAGAUGCCAACGAGAAGCCAAAACCAUUGACCAUGGAAGCACCUGAGAUCGAUCGUCCAGUUUUGAGAGAAAUGCUAGUGCGGAGCUUGCCGGAAGGGUGCAUAAACUGGGGAUACAAGCUCAAUACCAUCAAAGACGAUCUGAGCUUGGUUUUCGAAAACGGCAAGACAGAAAGCGGAUACGAUCUGGUCGUCGGGGCCGAUGGUGCGUGGAGCAAAGCCAGGAAGUUUCUAACCGAUGUGAAGCCCACUUAUAGUGGGCUUGCAGGAUAUUCUAUGACGAUAAACGAUCCAGAAAAAAUCGUCCCAGAAAUCUACAAAUUUGUCAAUCGCGGGAGCAUCUUCGCGUUCGGCGACAAACGAUCGCUUGCUUGCCAACAAAUGGGUGAUGGUACUCUUCACGCAUCAUCUUACGCGCAAUUUCCGGAAGACUUCGCGCAAACGUGCGGCUUUGACGUAACGAAUGCGGAAGACAUGAGGAAGCAUUUGAGAGGAGAACUAGGCGAUUGGUCGCCCGAACUGAAAGCCAUCUUUGAGAAAUCCGGAGAUCCUGUGGCCUGGCGCAACCUGUACAUGUUACCCAGACCUUUCUCAUGGGAACACAAAGAUGGUGUCACACUCAUCGGUGACGCUGCUCACCUAAUGACUCCAUUUGCGGGCAUUGGGGUCAACAGCGCCUUCAACGACGCACUCAUACUGUGCCGUAGAAUCGUUGAGUACAUGAAGUCGGGAGCAAGUGAAGGUCUUGGGUCGUAUAUCGAAAAGUACGAAGCGGAAAUGUUCGACCUUGCACAUGAAGCUGCAGGAUUGACAGAAGGAUCCAUGAACGAUAUGAUGUUCACAGAAGGCGCACCUCGAUCAAGGAUUGCUUCAUAUGUCAGCAGGCAUGCCAGUGCAGAAUUCCCACCAUGGGCGCAUCCAUUGGUCUCAACUGCAGUGCACACAGGAUAUUCAUUGGUGAAACUGUUCAAGUAA